AUGGCUGUCUCUAUAUACUGCCCGGAACUAGGGGUAAGCAGACGGGUUGGGUAUUCAACUGAAGCAACGGAGCACAUCCACGGCAUUCAGAGUCGGCGGAAUUGUGGGGAGCACCCGUUCAAGGGCUGGGGUAGCCAAUCAGGUUCACGAGAAACGGAGUUGUGGAAGAUUUGUCAGAAUCGAGGCAAGAAGCACCGUGUGGAGACAAGACUGGCUUUGCACAAUGCCCAUAAUACCGUCGUGGAUCCCGACCUGUUGGCAGGUGUGACUGGAUUGUUGCUUUGUCCUUUGCUCCACCCGGAAAAGAAUUCGGUAAGCGGAGUGAUGGGCACGUGA